UAUGAAAUCGCAUCCCAUUCUCCCCAGUCCGAGUUGUCCAGGUUUGUUAAGUGUGUUAGCUUCUUCACACUUUUAUGCUCUAGGUAACGUCGCUUUCUUACGAUAUCACCAUGUCGGUGGCGUUCGCACCUCACAGGCAGCGCGGAAAGGGCGACAUUACACCCGCGGGAAUUCAAAAGCUACUCGACGAAAACAACCAUCUGAUCCAGUGUAUAAUGGACUUCCAGAGUAAAGGCAAAACAGCAGAGUGUUCACAGUAUCAACAGAUGCUGCACAGAAAUCUAGUGUACCUCGCCACGAUAGCAGACUCCAAUCAAAACAUGCAGUCUCUCCUCCCUGCUCCACCCACUCAAAACAUGCCCAUGGGCCCUGGUGGGAUGAACCAAAGUGGACCUCCCUCUCAGCCUCCUCACGGUCACACAAUGCCCUCUGAGGGUAUGGUCAGCGGUGGCCCUCCAGCCCCACACAUGCAGGGCCAGAUGAAUGGACAGAUGCCUGGGCCUAAUCACAUGCCCAUGCAAGGUCCAGGUCCUAACCAGCCCCCAAACAUGCCCAGUGGCUCUAUGAAUAUGCCCCCCAGCGGUCAUGGCUCGAUGGGUGGUUACAAUCACGCCGUCCCCUCUUCUCAGGGCAUACCAGCUCAGAGCCAAAUGAACAUGACCCAGGGCCAACCCAUGGCAAACUAUGGUCCACGGCCAAACAUGAACAUGCAGCCCAAUCAAGGCCCCAUGAUGCACCAGCAGCCCCCAUCCCAGCAGUAUAACAUGCCUCCUGGUGGUGGCGGACAGCACUACCAAGGACAACAGAACCCUAUGGGCAUGAUGGGUCAAGUCAACCAGGGAAACCAUGUCAUGGGGCAGAGGCCAAUGCCACCCUACAGACCUCCUCAGCAAGGACCCCCUCAGCAGUACCCAGGGCAGGAAGACUACUAUGGGGACCAGUACAGUCACGCAGGACAGGGAGCCUCAGAAGGUAAUGCCCAGUAUGGCCAACAACAGGAAGCAUAUCAGCAAGGCCCUCCUCAGCAGCAGGGCUACCCUCCUCAGCAGCAGUACCCAGGUCAGCAGGGCUACCCACCACAGCAGCAGGCUUACGGUCCCUCCCAAAGUGCCCCCGGGCAGUAUCCCAACUAUCCUCAGGGGCAGGGGCAGCAGUAUGGGGCCUAUCGCCCUCCUCAACCUGGACCCCCCCAGGGCCAGCAGCAGCGCCCUUACGGUUAUGACCAAGGCCAGUACGGAAAUUACCAGCAUUGAGAGAAGGUCACAGCAACCCCCACAGCUCUGCUCUAAUCUCUGUCUGAGCUUUGACCUCCGGUCGAUCGCUCAGCAGACUUUAAAGAUGGUUGCAGCUCCCUGAGAUUCUCUCAGACACGAACACGCAACACUCGAAAACACAAGAUACGUUUGCCCCCCCUCUUUUUAGGCUGUCAUCCUUGCCUGUAAAAUGUAUUAUGUUGGUCACGUACAUGGACUUGAUCAGUGUCAAAGUCUGUGACUCUCCCUCUGUUCCAGUAUGUCACAAAGCAGCAAUGCCUUAAAAAAAAAUGGAACUGCCUUAUCCUUCAGCAUUGCAGAUUGUGAAACGAGCUAACAAAAUUCAUUUUCUUGGGAUAACAGAGAUUUAAAUGUACAGUUUCAAUCUACUGUGGUGCAUUGUUUCUCUACGGUUCAGCUCCGCGUUCAUAAGAAGCAAUAAUGCCAGCAGUAGAGAAACGUGUGGUUGCUUAACAUACAAAAUAAUGCACCAGACAAACUUCCCGCUAGGCCAUGGUACAUGUCUUGAUGUAUGUGAUGAUGUAAAAAAUAUAUUUUAUGCUUUUUAGACCAAGCUAACUUUGUAUAAGACAUCAGAAACUAGUACUAAAGCUGUGUUGUUUAUUUCAUCAAAUGUAUGUGUCAGUGUUUUUUAUGAUCUUUAAAAUGUUGAUCCCAUCCAGCACAUUGUUUGUUUGUCUUUUAUUUCUUUUUUAUGUUGAAUUUGAUCUGCUAAAUAAAUGACAUGGUCACUGUAAAAGAGAAUCUGUAAAAAAAAAAAGAGGCCAAACUCCAACAGUGUACCUGGUAUAAAGAAAUGUUGAAAACAUGACAGUUGCUCUAUUGUUUGUUUUUCUUGUUUGUCUUUUGAUAUAAAUGAAAUUUGGAUCAUUAAUACAUUUUCCAAACAAAUCUCCAAAAGACGCAAUAUUGUCCAAUGCUCCUCAUAUAUGUGCUCAAACAGGUGAUAUGUAGCAGAUGUCAAUGUAAAAUAAUUCUCUGGAGCCCUUAUACAAGCACCUCAGUCUUCACCAUUGACUGCAAAUCGGUUUAAUAAAUAUUUCCGACAAGUAGAUAAUUGUUAGUUUUAACGAUGCUGGACCCCCCCCCCCCCCCCCCCUUUUUUAAAAUAAAUGUCUAAGUUGAUGUCAUUCGAAUAGUGUUGUCUGUGUGUGAAUAAUAAAGUUUGUUACUGUCAAAUAUGUAACAUAAGAUGUGAAAAUGUUCUGAAAUGGAUUCCCUAAUUUCACAGUACAGACUGGUGCAGUUUUAUAUCACUGGCUUGAUAUCUUGUUUUACGGUGCAUACUUUAUCGAGCCCAAUAUGUACAUCGGCAGAAAGAAGAGGAACCCCACCUCCUCUGCGUAUUGUUUAUAUAUGGCUGUUUUAAUAUUUUCCGAUCUCCGUCAUUCAUCCAAGUGGUGGUCACGUGUGUGUCAUGGCAAUGUAUAACUGUACAUUCAAAUAAAUUGGAAGAAUCUUUAA